AUGGCCGGAGCUUCGAAGGAGGGCUUCUCCGGGAUCGUCAACCUCACACCACACAAGAUCGCCCUGUGCCACCUGAUCCAGUACUUCGCCCCGGCGGCGCAUUCGUCAUUGCCCAUCCCCUUCAAGUCAGUCUCCCAGCACAACCGCCUCGGCCUGUUCCUGUUCUCUCUCACACGGGUGCGCACUAGUUCCGGCAUUCUUCCUCAGUCCACCGUUUUUCUCUGUUUUGAUUCUGGUUAUGAAUUUGACUUGUGUUGUUAUUGUUUCUCAUGUUUUGAACGUACACUUUGUUUUUUUCUAUUUUUAUGCUUCAUUGGAUGUUGUUCUACGUAAUAUGCAGACAAGAAAGAAAAGGAGUUCCGGUCAGCGAUAAUCAUUCUCAGAGUUCCUUUGUUCAGGCCAUAGUUUCGAUAGGUAGUCUCAUUUGAAUUGAUCUCUCACCACUUGCUGACACUGCAACUCAAUGGAUCCAGCUUUGGUGAAGUGAGCUAACAUUUUGGUAGGCCGUCAAAUUUCGACCACCUUGGCGAAAUCAUCUCUAGUUAAGCCUACUUAAAUAUAUUCUUUGAGCGUGGUAAACAGAAAAUAUUGGGAACAAAGUUAUCUGUCUGUUGUUAGAGUUGUAAGAAAAAUGCUUGGCUUUAACGUGCUAAAUUGAAUGGACGAUAUGCACUGUAGGUGUUUUAUAACAGAAAUGUGUGUUUUCUUUCUUAAUGGCUCUUGUAAAUUGAAUAAGAUUUUUAUAUUUAGGACCGAUAGAUUAUUAUUAAUACGAUAAAUGCGAACAAAAUCAACGAACUACAUGCUCUCUGGAUAUCUGUUUCAGGUAUACGGGGAGCUUCACUUCCGAAAGAAAGAGUUUAUGUGGUCUAGGAAGUCGAUGUGAAUAAAACGUAGUUGAUGUGUUGUGGACGAUAUCCAUAUACAGGUGUUCAACUUUUAACCUUUGACAUUGAAAGAGGUUUGUGUAUUUUACAACGUACAUGGUUCCUUUUUUUUGGGAUCUCAAACCUUGGAAUUAUAUUGGGUGUCUGUACUGUCCAUUUAGAGGCAGUCUAGAUUGGUCUUGAGGAUUUGGUUGCGCAAAUUGAACCAUACAGGUGUUCUUAAUUGCUGAUCUGUUAACUGUUUUGGCCUGUCUGUGGUGGCUUGGCCUGUUUAUGCCAGACUGUCCUGGCUUAUCCAAUUCUACAAUGAUUCAGUUUCCAAAGUCUCAAAUCAUGCCCUGAUUUUAGAUUGUCAUAUGCAUCUUUUGGAUGAUUUCUCCAAUCUGUUGACAUUCAUAGUCUGAUUCUUUACUGGAUAAAUAUUUUUUAACUUUUACCAGUAUUGUACUUUAAUAUUCUCUGGUUUCUUGCUCUUUCCAAUCUAUAAUCAAUGUUGCUCCUGAUAACCAAUUUCCUGCGCGUGAUCAUAUAACUAUGUGAAUCAACUGAUAUGCUAAACUUAGCAUCAAGGAAGAAAUAAGUAAAUCAUUCAAGGAUUUUCCCUUGAUAUUUCAGAUAUUGCAUAAAAGGGUGUCUUGUUUUAAUAAGAAGGUCAUAACUGUUCCCCUUUCAACUAAGAUAUAGUUUGUUUCAAACUUUAUGAUGCCUUUAGUUUAUUAUUUGCCGUGCCAUUAGUCUAUAUUUUUCCUUGCUCAUCGAGUUAGAUUUCAAUUCCUAUCAACAUUGUUAAUUCUUAGAGUCUUAUGAACUUUGCAUUGGAUUCUCUGUUCUAAUCUAUGCUGAAACAUAAUAAAUUGUGUAGGCAUGUAAUGACUUUGUGGAGCCUUCACUGGAUGAACUCAUAACUCAAUUUAAGGCGGUUGGUGUUGGUGGUUUUGAAUAUGAUUGGUUCGUCGAUUGGUUAAUUGAAGACUUAACUAGUCGUCUCUCAGCUCUAUCUUCUCCAGAUGAUCUAUACAACUUUUUUGAAAAGUUACGAGGUGAAUAGUUUUAAACUUUUAAACUUUACACUCUACACUAAGAGCAUUGUUUUUACGUUGCACUUAAAUAAUUUAAUCGCUCUGAAUUCCUUAGGCAUUCUUUCACCCGCUGAGGUGACAAAUAUGGAAGAUGAGCAAUGCUUUCUGGAUCCAAGCAGUCACCUGGGGGUGUUUAUUCGCUGCUGUAUAUUAGCCUUCAGUAUAUUGACAUUUGAGGUCUUUACUUCUCCAUUCCUGUUUACAACUGUCUACCAGGAAAUUUAUGGAUCAUCUUUACUUUUUUUAGUCAAAAUAUCUUCAGUGCACUUAUUUAAGUUUUUUUCUUUCUUUUGUGCAAUAUGUUAGCUGUUCAAUCUCUUUAUUACACAAUGUAAAGUUCUUUUUGGUCUGUCAUGUGCUGAAAUCGGAUGGCUGUUUUGUGGCCUGGUCUUGUCUUACAUUUUUUCAUAAAAAAUGCAGGGUGUUUGUCAUCUUCUAUCCAAUAUGGCAGCAUAUUGUAAUUCAACUGAUCCGAUGUAUGGGUUGCCUGAAGAAGAUGCUUUCAAUACUGACCCUGUUUUACAAGAGUCUCAUGAGUAUCAUGAAUUAAAUCGUGCUUCCGAUAAAUACAUACAUGAUUUUGAAGCGGGAUCAAGUGCUGGCGAGAGCUCUUCUUUUCACAUCCAGGCAGGUAGGCCAUUGUAUGGAGUGCCUGAUAGUAAACUAUGUAACUGCUUGAUCCUCUAGUUUGCUUUCUAGAUCCCUCAUUUUUAUCCAACUGCCCUUUUCCAAGUCUCAAAAGAAAAUAAAGAUGGAUGCUGCAGAGGAUGAACAUGGACGUAAUACAAGCUUGUAAAAUUGCUUGUUUUGCUUCUUUUGUUUCUUUGAUUACUGAGAACAUUGUUUUACCUUUCUGGUGAUUCUGUUGGCCACGUUUUAAUUAUCAUAUCGACUUUUCCAUUAUUCCACAAUUCAUUUAUAUUUUUCUUUUAGAUGUUGGGCAUCCCCUCAUCCCCUAUGUGAAAAGUGAACUUCAAGAUUAACAAUAAGAACUCAUCUUUGUGUAUACUGCAGACACGGCUUAAACCAACAUAGACUAAGUGGUCCACGUUCCCAAAAAAUGAAAAAUAUAUUAAAAAGUAUGAGAGAGCACUGCAUCCCUGGUCUGAAUCAUGGGCAAAACACUGCUGUAUUGAUAUUAGAGGGGUAUAAACGAAGCAUGGUCAGGAUAGGGAAGGCGUUAAAUUUAGCCAAUUAUAGCAGUUCACAUGGUUGUGGAUGAAUUUUGAUGGUCUAAAUGUUGUGCUAUCAGAAUCAGAUUUACGUGUCUGGACUCUGUGGUGUGGAAGCAAACCAGCCUGUUGACUUGCAGGGUCUGUGAGAAUGGGAUGUCCUAAUAUCUUUGAAAAAAGAAUGUUAGGAGGAAGGAUCGGGGAGAAAUUGUUAGACAUGAAGGUUAUUUGGUAUGUGCAGAAGAGUGCGCAGAUGAAUCAUUUGAGAUUAAAAUAUUUGAGACGCUAUGCGUCGUUUUAAUUGUUGGUACAUGAUUAGAAUAAGUACGUGUAUAUUUGGUAGAAUAGAGUUCAUUAUGCACGUCUAAGAUUUUUAGAAAUGUUGUCUAUUGAUUUUCAGAAAAGUUCAGGCCUCACACUAACAUGUCUAUGGUAUGAUGGCAACGUUGUCAUUGUUGUUGGAAUUCCAUGGUUGCAUAUUAUCCAAACUCCCUCAGGCAAGUAUUGAUGCACUGGAGAUGUCUGACAGGGAUGGAUGUUCAUUGCAUUAAAUGCUUUAAAAUUUUAGUGAAUUGAUCACUGUGAUGCCUCGUUACGUAAUUUGUGUAUUACAAUAACAUUAUGUGGGCAUCAUGGGCAGCGAGCAAGGGUCAUUUCUUCCAAGGACCCGUGAAUUUGAAGGAAGAGUUUACUCAGAUAUCUUAUGUGUAGAUUUAGAAGGCGAUGAUAGGCAGUUACAUAUCUUCCAUGGACAUGAUGUUCAGUGGUCAAGUGGGCUUAGAACGAUGGGGAUUAUUGUUCCUAGUCAAUUUUACAGACCAACUUUCCAGGUGUAUCUCUAAAUUUAAUUGUGGAUAUUUUCCUCUACGGAAUUAACCCUCAAGGAUUGUAAAUGCAUGUUGGCAGCCCGAGUUCCUUCCUAUUUUCUUCAUCAGUGGUUAUAAAAACUUCAUUCUGUUCAAGGACGCUGUCAAGGUCUCGUGAUGAUGAGGUAAUCAAAAGCUGUCUUUUUGAUGAUCUGUGUACUGGCAUAUGGAUUUGCUUACCUGUACUUUUUAAGAUGUCUUGUAAUUCGCUUGCAAAAGAAGGAGCUGAGAUGUCUUUGGCAUCUCCAUGAAGCCAGGCAGGAGUUGCAAAAAACUAAAGAGUUCAAUAUCAGAGGUCAUUGGGCCACUUGGAAAGGGUAAGGAGGAUGCGGAAUCGACUACAGGAGUCCUAUGGAUUCCCUCUCUGGGAUGAAAGAAAAUGAAAACGAAAAUGUUUAGUUUUUGAGACAGGUUCAUGCAUUUGAAUGUUUUUGGAAUCCUCACCUAAAGACAGUCUGAUGCCUUGACUUUCUUAUCUUGUGCUUGAUGCCUUUGCUAUUUCCUCACUUAAAAAGCCAUGCAUUCUGAUGAAUGAGAGGAUAAAGCUCUUCUAAUAUGUAGCAUUUCAAAGCCUUUUGCAGCGAGGAUUUAGAAUUGAGAGAGACAUUUUUAGACCACCAGUACUUUGGUUCUUUUGUCUUUUACCAUGCAUAAUCAUGUGUUUUCUUUCCUAUGUAACCAUUUUGUACGAUCAUUGUAACCGAGCAUAAUUAAUGGUUCUUGAAAUGAACGAUAUCUGCUCAUGAACCUACAGAUCUUCAGGGGUCAGUUGGCUCCAAGUUCAAAAUUGGUGGCUAUGGCACUCAAAGUGAUGACUUUAUUGCACCCAUCACUGACUUAUGCGAGGAUGGUGAGUAUCAGGGAGAACUUUUCUUGCGUUCAAAGUGGCAAAUACAGGGUUACUUAAAUGAGCAAGCCGAUUUACUGGAGAGGUAAAACUAUGCAUUCUGAAACUUAUUCGUAAACCUAUGAAUGAGAUUUUGUGUUUGAUAUGUCUAAUAUUUCCUAGGCAUGCUGGAUCGUUCCGUUUUAAUACAUUUGAGGCAACUUUAAAGCAUCUCCAGAAGAUGGCCCCAGAUAUGCAUCAUGUAUGAUCCGUUUCCAGCUUUGUUUAGUUCAUUAUAAUCUCUAAGUUUGCCCUAUAUUUCUGUUUGUGUCACAUGACCAUAUAAAACCUUUUUCUAAUUGUAUCUUAAUUCAUGUUCCAGGUCAAGUACUUGAGAUACUUGAAUAAUCUUUACAAUGAUGAUUAUCUUUCAGCUCUUGACAAUCUACAUUGCUAUUUUGACUACAGGUAUCUUUCUAUUUGUCAGAUUUGUUGCAUCUGUUCCUGAUCUAUCAUGAUGUCUAACUGUUAAUUUCAUGAAAACUGCCUUCCUUGUGGGAUAAAAGAUUCCAUCAAUACUGGUAUGUCCCUUCUGAUUACUGCUCAUUAUCAUGCUUGCCAAUAGCUAUCUUUUAAACUUGCGGAAUCAUAAGCUGCACGAAUGAUCUCUUUAUGGAAACAAUGUGACCGCCGAACUUUUUCUUUUCCUCAAGAUGAGCCCGCCCACUGUCAAACCUGAUUAGAACGAAAUAAAACAGCACCUCCUGGAGAUUUUGUUAAGGACAAAACUGUUUGAGGUUUCUGUGAACAAAGAUCCUUUGAUGAAAUUUUUUAUGUCGGCAUUGAAUUUAUCUUGCGGUAGGACUUUGAAUAGUUAUACAUUUUGUAGAAAAAAAUGCAAAAGUUGGAUCCUUCCAUUUGCAUAUGAUUUUAAGAGAUAAAGCUAUAAAAUGGGAUAAUGCUUAGAUUUUAAUAUAAUUCUCCCUGAGCUACUAUGAUUUGAAAAAGCUUUCCACCCAUACCGAUUCCCUAUGCCCCUCAUACUGGUCAAUAGAUAUCACAUUUUGUCCUUAUGAUUGUAUACAAACGGAGGCGGAGUUCCGAAACAAUGCUCUCCUUUUGUGUUAGUCUCUGUAUAAACGAAACAAGCUUAAUAUGAAUUGGCAUUGCCAUCUCUAACGAGGGGCUGCGAGAUCAUGGAUCAUUGAUUUUCAGUCUUCUGUUUUGUGCAUUCUAAUGUGGAGACUAAUAUCCAACUCCAUGUACUCUGUUGUCUCAACGUUAUUUUUCUGUGAAGGACCCUGCAUAGUGAAUCUUGUUACUAAACUACACGUAAUUGGGUUUUAACAAAAUAAAUCGCAACCUAUUGUGUUCCCUUGUUUAUUACAAAACCGUGUUACAUUUCUUCACUCAGGUUUAUGGAAAAGUUUCCCUUCUUCCUUUUUGACAUGGGUGAUCUUCUAUGUACCAUCAGAACAUUAAAACUGGUCGCAAUAUUUAAAGUGUUAAAUCCGAGGAAAAUUUUAUUUUAUAGGCUUUUCAUCGAGUCUUAAAAAAUAUUUCUCCUUUGUCUGUGCUGUGGCCAAUGCCAUGCGAAAUAGGCAUUUUACUACUUAGCCGAGGCUCUUGAUGCCUGCAAAAAAAUGGCCAGCUGAUGUACAGGUCCAGAUGGAACUCCACCAAAAUGGAGUUGGUUAUCUGUGAUAACGUCCCACAAGAUGCUUGUAUGCUGAUUCAGUAUGUGGCAAAGUAUGUAGCUUAAGAAAGCCUGAUGCUUGGCCUUUAAACUUUCUUUUGAGCUGGGUGUCCGAUAACAUGCACCGGCUGCUAUACGCAAUCUAAGAAACACGUGUCGGUUUGUCUUUGGUGAUGAAUACAAACUCUAUAGUUGGAUACAUGAGGUUCAUCUCAUGACAUUGAAUGGCUUAUUUAAGGGAUUUGCUGGAUCAUUUGUCAGAUUUUUGUUUAUUCGGAACUAGGCAUAGAGUCAGUCUAUCGUAAUUUGACACCUGCAAUUGUUGACUAGCCAUCCAUCCAUAUUAAGAAUUUACCAUUCAAUUCAGGUUGCCAUUUUAAUUGAACCAGUUCAAUUAAGAAGGCGGUUCUUAGAAUUGAUUAAUCCCAAUUCAGAUUGACCAAUCUUGACAUAAACGAUCUCUGUCUGAUCCGACGCAUGUAUUUGUCAGUGUAAAGUCUCUCUUGUUCGGGAUUUGUCUGAUUUUGGUCUGGGUCAUCCUAAAAUUAUACUUUUCGGGAUGAAGCAGCUAUAGAUUGUCCAGUCCAGCUCUGAGAGCCGAAGUGUGGCCAAACUUUACCGAUUUUCUCAAUUUUUGUUACGAUCUGUUUCCUUGGGUUGACCAUUGAAUUUAGGAUUCACCCAUAAAGUGCAGGGAUGGAAGGAAUUUUUACUGGUUCAUCUGCACCUCCUGUGUCUGGCAUUCAAGUUGGACGGUAUGAGUCUGCUUUGUUGUGCUUAGGCAUCAUGCACACUCGAUUUGGGCACUCCAAGCAGGCAUUGGAGGUGAAUUUCCGUUCCUUUUCAGGGAUUUAUAUUGAUAUCUCUGUUUUCAUCAUAUUGUUAUUUCUUAAUGAGUUGUAAAAUAUACUUUUUUAUUUUAUCUAUCCAGGCUCUGACUGAAGCGGUGCGAAUAUCUCAACAGGUAAACCAGUACAUUCUAUUUGAGAUAUGUUUUUUGCUGUUAAAUGUAUCACCUAGGUUGAAUAACUUUCAUUCUAAAAAUCAGUUAGUAGAUUAUUUCUCGUUUUAGUCAUAAAACAUCAUUGGGUGGAAGAUGAAUUGUUGCUGAGGUAGUGACCAUUUUGGGCAGGCAAGUGAGUAAGUUAAAAUUUGAUUCAAACUUAAAUUAAUCAGAUCGGUCAGUCAGAUAGCUAACAUCUAUGAAUUAACAUCUAAACAGCUUGUCAGAUCCUGAUUUGAGGAUGAUGGUUUGUGGCCAGGAGAGGCCCCAGGUUAAGCCCCCCAUUCCCUAAAAAGCUUUCCCAUUCGUGGGGAGGCUGUGCUAUUGAUGGGGCAGACAGAGGGUUGCCUUAGUGCUAUUUUGAAAAUAUUUGUGAUGUCACAUGGUCAAUGGCCUGUAACCCUUUAACCCCUCCCUGUGACAAGAAAUAAGGAAAAAAGUUGGAGCAGCUAGCCAAACACGUUACUGUGGUAAUUCCUUCUGUCAGAUCAGGGCGCUCAAUGAUUGUUUCUCAUAUCUAAGCAAAAAGGUCAGAAAUAAUUUGUCAAGUUCGUUCGUAAAGGUGGUCAAAGGAUAUAAAUGCCAGGUACGAGAAUCAGUAUCACUUGAAAUGUUCUGGGGAAAUUCAAUCCUGCGGACAACUAUUCGGAAGAUGUUUUACAAUUAUCCUGUCAACUGGAAGUUAAAGGAUACAAUGGAACUUCUGAGUUAUGCCAACUGGUCAUUCUUUGAACUUCAAUAAGGUGGAUUACAUACACGCUCUUUUUGAAUGUUUAGUCUGUCUACUCUCUGAGCUGAUGAGUUUCGUCCCUCUUUUGGAAAAAAAACACUCAAUUCGAGGUUUCAAACAUCAUUGCAUUUGAAUGUGUAUAGGUGGAUGCGUAACAUCUUGUGUUAUUACUGGGCUAAGGGAUGCGAAUGUUGUGGAAUAUUGUGAAGAGUCAUAAUUUGGUCGCAGUUUUUGUGAUCUAAUGACAAGGAUCGCUCUUCUCUCCUUCGAGGAUGAGAGAACUGUGAGCGCACACAGAAUGCACGUUUCCUAUUUCAGUGGAACUUUGGUGUGUGACACCUCUUUUUUGUAACUUUACCAUAAGAUAGAAAUUUGGGAAAAAUUGUUAGAUCUCUAAAGAGGUGCAUUUAUUUUUCUAGUUCAUUAUAAAUCACUUUCUUCCGGUUUGUGUAUUAAUCACUAUUAGCAGUAGUAUUUGAUUAAUGAUUGAUUAUAGUUCUGAUUCGAGUAACACAUUCAUCUUUCGAAUGUGCAUUUCAUUUCUUCCUUGUAAGUUUUGGUGUGUGGAAUUCAUUUUCCAUGGAAAUUUAGAGAAAAUGCGGUAUCUUAUGGGAUGCAUUUAUUUUUUCUAUAGCUUUUAUGUAACGGCUUUCUUUAACUUUAGAUAUUUUUUAUGAGUAGUUGAUGAUUAAUUGUCGUAUUUUUGCAGAAUAAUGAUGAUUCUUGUCUUACGUAUACCUUAGCAGCCAUGUGCGACCUUUUAUCCAAAAUUGGCAUUUGUAGUACUAGUGGUAUUAUUGGAUCUCAAUAUUCACUGGGACUAGGUACUCCACUAUCAACCCAGCAACAAUUGCUUGUUCUGCUGAAACGGUCACUAAAGAGAGCUGAAAGUCUAAAGCUUACAUGUCUCGUGGCCUUCAAUCGCCUUGCCCUUGCUGGAUUCUAUCUCAAGGUAAAGCAAAACACGCUACUCAUGGACAUUUGUCAUGGAGGGUUGUGCUCACUCUUUCCGUUACGCACUUGUGUAGUCUUUAUAUUCAUCUGGUGGCAAAGUGGCGUCUAUUUGCACUACUUUAUUCAAAUUGUGUCAGACUAAGUUUCAGUUAAUUUCUUCCCACAUGCAAAAGUGUACCCAUGUCUCAUGUCAUGCUUGACAAUCUGAUGUGUUGGGAAGUUCAAAUGUGUACUCAUCCUCGUACCUUUGUCAUUGAUCAAUUUUCUUGGCUUUUCUGAUUUCCAGCAUGUGAACAGGCCAUUAUUAUCCUUUGGUCCAAAAGCAUCGAUAAAGCUCAGAACAAACCCAACUCAUGUCUGCAAGGUGCCAAGAUGAAGCCACUAUCCUAUUUAUUGAAAAUUGUGUCUAAGUAAGUUUUUAUUUGAUUGGAUCUUAUCUGAUGUCUUUUUUAACUUUUUAUUUCUGCUUGCUGCAGGAACUGAGACUUAGUUCAUAUUUACUAUCUGAAUUUGGUUCAGAUGGUCUCUCUCUGCCAAAUGAUGGUGGCACAUUCAGCACUGCAUGGCUUAAGAACCUGGAGAAAUUGAUAAACUCACCGACAUCCUUUAAUGGAAAGAGGACAAAUGAUUAUGAUACGUUUCACUUCACUUCUCAGCCGAAUCCCAUUCCCGGAUCUGUACUGCAGCUGGCCGGUGCAUCAUAUUUACUCAGAGCAACUUCAUGGGAAUUAUAUGGCAGGUAGGCCUUUUCCAUUUGAUUCGUGCUCAUAUGGUUUGUUUGGCAAUUAUAUCUUAGUUGAAAACUUGUUUCUCAAGGGUUGACAAAUGGUGAUUUACAAUUUUUUGCUCUUUUUAAUCUUGGAUGUCUCUUUCAGCUAUUAUAGGUGGAUCAAUAGACAGUUUGUUGGGGGUGGCUGUUGCUGAGAGGGCUAAGUUUUCUGAAACGUAUUUUUGUACUAGUCAUGGAGAAUAUCGCCAAAUUAAUGAAAUAGAAAAGAAAGUGUACUGAAUGUUUUCAAGUUCGUUAGAGCUCUGUGCAGUUGUUGUCACUGCUCUGUUCUUCCAAAUUUCAUAUUUGAGUUCUCCAUUUGCAAACAUUAACAGAUGCAUUAACUUAGCCUAAUGAUCUUUGUAUUUAGUAUGAUGAAGCGUUAGUGGUGUUCUUCCUGUAAAUAUGAUUACAAAUCACAUAGACAAUUUUUAGAACGUCUGAUUAAGCCGUUACUAUCUUUAUUUCAGUGCCCCACUUGUUCGAUCAAAUGCAUUAAUAUAUGCGACCUGUUUUGCUGAUUCUGCAAGGUAGCUUCGUACACAGUGUUUUCCAUGUUUAUCUGUAGAGUUGACUUUUUAUUCUCUUUUCAAUAUGAUUUCAGCUUGCAAUUUUACAAGCAUAAGUGUAACAUCAUAUUUGGUGUUUCAGUUCGUCGGAGUUGUCUCUGGCAUAUUGCAAGCUCAUUCAGCAUUUAGCUGUAUUCAAGGGAUAUAAAGGUACAUUCAUUCAUUUCUGGUUUCUCUUGUAAUUCUUUUCUCAUGGUUUUCUGUUUCUUAUCGGACAUCCAGUCUUACUGUCUUAUCAUCAGAAAAAGAAAUCUCCAAUCACUUAUAAGUUACCUUACUGGCUAUUCAAACUUCAAUUUAAUCAUGUGAUCUUGUAACACAUAAGACUGGUUAGAAAUUUAGUCCUAUUUUUUGAAGCGGUACACUAUUUCCACCCCAUUGUAAGCUUAAUUGGUCUCAGACACAUUUAUCUAUAAUCUGCUGUGAAUUAUUCUUUUUGCACUCAGCAUGAUGAUACACGCACCAUGUUAUGUAUUUUGGAAAAGAAUCCUUCAGUUCGCAGUUUUCACAAAAGCUCCAAACUUAAGUUACUGUUUGACAUUGAGUUCAGAGUUCACUGACUGAAUUGUACCAUAAAGGACGUUCUCAGGUGUCCUAAAUUAAAAUGGUAAUCUGUCUUUUAACAUAUUUUUUAUAAAUAGAAUGUAAACUAAUGGCUCAGUCUGUGGUAUCACUGCUGUACCCUAGUUAAAUAAAUAAAAUAAAUAUGCUAGAGAAAUGAGAAAUAAAAUAAAAUAAAAUCCUGAGAAACUCUUAUUACCAUCCAAUGAUAGUAACAAAACUAUGGAAAAUGGCUCAUUUUUAUUAUGAAAAUACAUUUCAGAUUACCAAUCAGAAAGAAAAAGUGACUAAAGUUUCAUAGGUCCACAGAGUUUUGGGAUAAACUACAAGCUGAUUCAUAAAUUGUUUCUCAGGUGAAAAUUCUUCGAAUAUCACUUCUCGAACCAGAGGAGUAAAUAUUUCGCAAGAACAAUGAAUGCCAGGAUCUUUCAUACAAGUGAAUCCAUAUAUGCCUAACAUAAAGUUUAGUGAUACUCCCUAGAAGUCCACGAUCUCUGGGUGUAAUAGUGUCAGUAACGUGGCGAAAUGCCUCCACUAGAAACACAUUCAAUAGCUUAUGCACAGAUUCUCCUGCUGAUAAAGGGUCCUUGCUCACAGUAGUCUAUGGUGUUGGAGAUACAGUGGGCUCCACUAUGGAAGGAAAAAUCAGACAAUGUCAAAUAGAAAGGAUUGUGCAUCAGGGCUAAGGACAGGGAUUAUGAUUUAUCAGGUUAUUUAGAAAACCUUAUUUAUUAUAUUUUUUGCAAUCAUACCUUUUCUGUGUUUUAUAUGGAGCACAUACUUUAGUAUCGUAAAUACAUCAUUUUUAAGGAGGGAGACUCAAGUGUAUCUUUCUUAGGUUCUUACCCAAUCUGUCAGCUGUCUAGUCAGGCAAAAGAGAGACGCAGACUGUCCUAUGCAGAUUCAGGUUUUGAACAGAAAUCUAUUGCACAUCUGCAUAUUAACUCUUGUUUCAUAAUUGCAUUGACGAAAGAUGUACAAUCAAAUCCCAUCAGAUUGACUGCCCUUGCUGAUUUCUUUUAGUUUACUGGAGUCUUGUUAUGUAGUUGCUCGUGAGAGAAAAUGUAAUCAAAUAAAUUGAAUCGUUUUUAUUUUAGCGUAAAACCUGUGUCUAGAGUUUUUAUGAUCUUGGUAUAAUUUUUUGACUAAGUUGGGUUCCAUAGCCGUGGAUAUCAUGGAGGACACAUAAUGUUUUAUAUAGUUUCCUCGUGUCUGAGUUCCACCAUACUCUUUUAUGAUGGAUGAAACCAUUAUAAAAAGCCACCACGGAUAAAAAUUCAUAGUAUAUUUCUCACUCGUUUUUAUAGUGAAGGCAGGAGUAUUUUGUAUCAAAUAGGUUUGACGUGAAUGAUUCUCUAUUAAAAACCGUAACUCACAUCAAACUGAAUCGAAGGGCUGCUUUUUAUCUCUUGUUCAUUAUUUGCUCAAUUCAAGGGAACGGCAUGUGUGCCUGUUUGCUUCAUAAUUGAUACAUCAAGCAAGGUAGGUAUAUGGAUAUUAUAAGAUCCUGAUUAUUUAAGUUCCCGCUUGGAUUAUAGAUGAAUGAUCUGCAGUAUUCUUAUUGCAGAAGCUUUCAUCGCUUUGAAGUUAGCUGAGGAAAAGUUCUCAUCUGUAUCAAAAUCACAUAUUCAUUUACUUAAGUUCCAGUUGCUACAUGAACGUGCCUUACAUCGGUAAUGACUCCUGACUACAGUACUUUGCAAAAAUCUCUAGAUUCGCUUAACUUGAUCGGUAUGUUCCAGAGGACAACUGAAACUUGCUCAACAAGUGUGUGACGAACUUGGAAUCUUGGCCUCAUCAAUAACUGGAGUUGACUUGGAGCUCAAAACGGAGGCAAGCAUACGCCUUGCUCGCACUCUACUCGCAGCUAACCAAUUCAGCCAGGUACGCUUCGCCCUCGAGGCGUGUUCAUCGUGUAUAUCGUCAGAUGCUAAAUACAUAAAGAAUGGAGUAAAUAUCUGCUAUGUCAAGAAAUGCUACCGUGGGUUUUUGUGACUGGCAAACCAUAAGCAUCUUUGAUGCCAUAUCAUAAGUUCUUUCUUUCAUCUUGAUUUUUGGUUAGGACCAUAUUCAAUUAUACUGUCAACUUAGAAUGAUUUAAUUUUAACUUCUCUAAAAUUUUAUGUCAUAUGUUAACCUUCAGUUGAGAGAGUAUACUAGAUGAAAUUUGGGCUAAUUUAACUGGAUCAGUUAAAUUUUAUGGUUUGAUAGUGCGUCUAAUCUGAAAAUUAGGGAUGAAAGAUCAGUAGCGUACGCAUUCAAAGCUCCUUGCGUUAACAUUGUGAGCCUGUUUAUGCAUAUUGAGAAAAGGGCCUUUAAAACGGAUGCUCGAGUACCUAUUUGCCAAAAAUCUCACAAUCAGAGUUCUGCUCACAAUCCACAUUUUCCAACUGGAAAGAAGGAUCCUUUUUUUUACACCAAAUGGCCAGUUGAAUUCCACUUAUAGAAUAUAUCGAUAUCUGAGAUGGAGUUGUGUGGAAAUGACUUUCCCUGCACAGUAAGUGCCGUAGGAUAAACCUGUGAAUGUUCAUGAAAGACAAAGGAACGACCUAAUUUUCAUGUGUAUGUAUUCAGAGAUUAUCGCAGUUCUCUUUGCAAGCAAUAAUGUUGUGAGACAAGAUGACAUAAAUGGUCUCGUUGCUAAACUUUUGCAUCUAAAAUGGCCUCUUUCUAGCAUAAGACCCCGCAAAUGAUCAUCGUCUCGCGGGGGAAAGGAGUUCUUUUUACGUAAGUAAGAGACUCUUAUAGUUUUCUCUGGGUUUGACUUUUUGCUGGAUGGGAUUUCUCUUCCCCUCUAUUUAUUUGGCAGGCAGCAGCAGUAGCAUGUUCUCUUUUCUGUGAAUGCUACAAAUUCAACCUGCACGUUGAGAACGCCACCAUACUUCUAUUGCUAGCAGAAAUCCACAAGGUGAAGUUUAGUCUUCAUUCACAUCUAUCACUCAGAAGAGGGGACCCCCUCUAUUUAUUUGCUUAAAAAAUUGAGAUCGUUUCCUUCUUUGCUCUGCAGAAAUCUGGAAACGCAGUUCUGGGCCUUUCCUAUGCAUUGGCAAGUUUAUCUUUUUGCCGGACGUUUAACCUGGAUCUGCUCGAAGCAUCCACCACCCUUACCAUUGCCGAGUUGUGGCUGUCUCUCGGCCGCAGUCACGCUAAGAGAGCAUCUAAUCUGGUGCAUCAAACGCUGCCGAUGAUUCUCGGCCAUGGAGGCCUUGAACUACGCGCCCGAGCCAACAUUGCUUUCGUGAAGUGUCACCUCUGCGAUCCCAGUUUUUCAGGUGCGCUUUCUCACCUUCUUCUGCUUCAUUUUGCCGCCGAAUAGCUCUGGCCCUAGAAAUCAGAGCUGAAGCUCUCCUCUCGGAUCAUUCCGUUUCUGCCUGUUCUUGUGAAUAAUCCCUUGAUGAACCCUUGUGAGUUUUUACUAUUUCUGGGCACCAGUUUCUGAUGAUGCGGAGAUGGUACUGGAUCCUUUGAGGCAAGCUGCUGAGGAUCUGGAGACUCUGGAGGUUCGUGACAGAGAUCCUCACCGCCCAAUUCCCCUGUUAUCCGCAUUUAUUUCCAUUGGCUUCAAGAUCUCAUUCAAUGAAAGCAUAUAUAAUCCAAAGGAACUGACAAUUCCGGUCUGCUGUGGGGGGGCGCAUCCAGUUUCAUGAAAUGGCCGCCGAAGCAUUCUACCUGGCCGCCGUGGUCUACGACGCGCUGGGGCGGGCGGAGGAGAGGGAGGCGGCGGCGGCGUCUUUCAAGAACCACAUCGUUGCUCUUGAAAACCCGGGUUCGGGUUCUGAAGAUGAACAGAGGAAUUUGUGA